AUGUUGGGUACUAGACAGUUUUCUACCAGUUCUAAACAACUGUUUUUUUUCCAGAAAUUUUUCCAACCUGUUAUCGAUGCAUCUAAACCGAAGCCCCAUGUGGUGACACAACUUGUUAAACCAGUUGGCUUGAAUAAAAGUCCCGCCAAUGAUACUAAAUAUUCAAGGGGUAAUUCUUUCAAGGAUUUAUUUGAUCAACAGAAGACUAAACAAAGAACAGAUGAGCUUACUUUAGAAAUGAGUAAAUCAGGGAUGUAUGAUUUGUUUACAUUUCGUAAAACCAAUGGAAAAUUAUUUCUUGCACCGAAAUCUUAUUGGAGAAAGGAUAAAGCGUUGUAUUUUCCUCAUAUGACAGGUAAACCAUUAUCCAAAACAGCCAAAACAGGGCCCAUCGAGGAUAAUUUGAAGGGUAAAACCAGUAUUGUAAGAAUAUUUGGUAGCGAAACAGGUAAUCAAUUAAGUAACGAGUUUAUCGAGAGCUUGAACAAACAUGAUCCAAAUAUCCUUGACGGUAUACAACUUGUCAAUAUAAAUUGGAUGGAGAAUGCUGCAAAAACAAUGAUUGUUAAGUUAUCUAUGUGGAGUAUGAGAUCAAAAAUCCCAGAAACCUUACAGAAAAAUUAUUUCAUCUGCGAUAGGGAACAGUUACCAUUCACAGUUAGGGAACAACUAAUGAUUAAUAACCUUUAUACCGGUUACAUAUUACUCGUUGAUUCUGAUUUAAAGAUUAGGUGGAUUGCCAGUGGAGGUGUCACUGAAGAUGAAUUACAAACGUUACUGAAAUCGUUGAACGGUGUGAGAAAUGAACUUGACCCAAAAAUAACCACCUGA